CCCUCUUUUUGCCUGCUGGCUCCAGUAGGCUGUCCGCCCGGAGAAACACCAGCCUUGGCUGCGGCGAGGGCGGAGCUGGCCUGGCUGUCACAAAGAUAUGUUUCAUUUCAAAAACUAGUCACUACGCCAACUACUGUCUGAAUCAGCACGGCUUUGGGUUUAACCGCGACGACAAAGCGCCCGUUCAGCGGACAGUCGGAGAAACAGGAUGCCGGUGAAAGGCGGAGGAAGACUGGCCUCUUACCCGAGCAAGAGCGAAAAUGUCGGAAGCUCAGGGAUGGAAGAGAUGGUCUGGGAGCAGUACACAGUCACUCUGCAGCGGGACUCUAAGAUGGGAUUCGGCAUCGCUGUGUCAGGCGGGCGUGACAACCCCAAUGUGGACAACGGUGAGACAUCAAUCAUCGUGUCAGACGUGCUGCAGGGAGGACCAGCAGAUGGAUUACUCUUUGAGAAUGAUCGUGUCAUUCAGGUCAACAACAUCCCCAUGGACAACGUGCCUCAUUCCUUUGCUGUGCAGUCCCUCCGUAAAUGUGGAAAAGUGGCUAAAAUAACGGUGAAGAGACCUCGUAAGGUGUCAGUCCACUCACAGAAGCAGCCCCCCUCCCCAGGCGGAGAGAGUCGGGAAUACGCUCCUUCCUCUCACUACUACGACGCCGAUAAUGACAACGGCUGGUAUCGUGAUGAAGGCCGGGACCACACCAUGGACAGCAAAGGAUACCUGGACCCUGAGUACAGGGGAGGGCGGGACUCCAACCAGAGAGGGAGGAGCCGCGGGAGGAGCCAGGAGAGAAGCUCGCCCAGCCCGGACAGAUCCAGGAGGGAUGGCAGCCGAGGACGAGCCCUGGACACCAGCGCCGAGCGUCACAGGUACAACAGCAGAGGCCGCAGCCCAGGGGACAGCUAUCGCAUGGAGGACAAGUAUGAGCGAGGAGAAGGAGGAGGAGGAAGAGGAGGGAGGUAUAGGAGCAGGGACCGACUUAAUGACAACCCUCCAUCCCCAGAACCUUCCAGAGAGCGGGAGCCACUGGAGAAACCUGUCAACGUCCUGCUGGUGAAGAACAGACCCAGUGAAGAGUAUGGUCUACGUCUGGGGAGUCAGAUCUUCAUCAAACAGAUGACCAGUACAGGCCUGGCUGCCAAAGAUGGGAACCUGCAGGAGGGAGACAUCAUUCUCAAGAUCAACGGGACAGUGACAGAGAACCUCUCUCUGCAUGACGCUGGGAAGCUGAUAGAGAAGUCAAGGGGGAAGCUGCAGCUGGUGGUCCAGAGAGACCACCGUCAGAUCCUCGUCCGCAUCCCCCCCCUCGCAGACUCCGACUCUGAUAAUGACGACAUAUCAGAGAUGGAGUCAUACCAUUCCUAUUCUCCCCCAGAAGAGAGGAGGUCCCGCCAGUCUGACCUGUCCUCCCACUCUUCUAAUGAAAGAGACAACCCCAGGGAAGAGCCCAUGAGGACAGCCGAGAUGUCAGCGAUGGCCUCCCCGUUCAGAGUUCCCGAAGAUCCCCAGGCCUCAGCCGAGCUGAACAAAGACACACCGCACAUUGAGGAGCCUCCAGCUGCUGUAACAGCCACGCCCAAGAUUCUCCUCCGACCAAGUCCAGAAGAUGAGAAAAUAUACGGACCGAACACAGUGAUGGUGAAUUUCCAGAAGGGAGACAGCGUGGGGCUGAGGCUGGCAGGAGGUAAUGAUGUUGGCAUCUUCAUUGCUAGUGUUCAAGAGGGCAGUCCUGCUGAAGAGGAGGGCCUGCGCAUCGGAGAUCAAAUCCUAAAGGUGAACAAUGUGGAUUUUCAAGGUGUAGUGAGAGAAGAAGCAGUGCUCUUCCUGUUGGAGAUUCCUAAAGGGGAAGUGGUCACCAUCCUGGCACAGAGCAAACCUGAUGUCUAUAAUGAUAUCUUGGUGUCGGGGCGCGGAGACUCCUUCUUCAUCCGGACCCACUUUGAGUAUGAGAAGGAGACUCCUCAGAGCCUGGCCUUCAGCCGGGGGGACAUCUUUAAGGUGGUGGACACUCUGUAUGACGGCAAGCUUGGCAACUGGCUGGCAAUUCGUGUUGGCAAGGACAAGCAGCUACUGGAGAAGGGCAUCAUCCCCAACAAGAGCAGAGCGGAGCAGAUGGCCAGUGUCCAGAGCUCUCAUAAAGCUGUUGCGGGUGAUCGAGCAGACUUCUGGCGGUUGCGAGCCAACCGUUCUGGGAAGAGGAAGGACCUGAGGAAGAGCAGAGAAAACCUGAGCAGUCAGACCCUGGCCACGCGCUUCCCAGCAUACGAACGAGUGGUGCUCCGAGAAGCUGGUUUCCGGCGUCCUGUGGUGCUGUUCGGACCCAUCGCUGAUGCUGCCAAUGAGAAACUGGCUUCUGAGAUGCCCGAUCUGUUUGUUAUUGCCAAAACCGAGCCGAAAGAUGCUGGCUCUGAGAAGUCCUCAGGAGUGGUCCGCCUAAACACCAUCCGACAAAUCAUUGAGCAGGACAAGCAUGCCCUGCUGGACGUGACCCCCAAGGCAGUGGACACCCUGAACUACACCCAGUGGUACCCCAUUGUCAUCUUCUUCAACCCAGACAGCAAGCACGGCAUCAAGGCCAUGCGACAGAGGAUCGUCCCCAACUCCAACCGCAGCGCCCGCAAACUCUACGAACAAGCCGUCAAACUGAGGAAGACCUGCUCUCACUUAUUCACUGCCACCAUCGAUCUGAACUCUGCCAACGACGCCUGGUAUGGCAGUGUCAAAGAGUCUGUCAGAGAGCAGCAGAUGCAGGCUGUCUGGGUUUCUGACGGCAAGCUGGAGGGAGUAGAGAGUGAUCUGGACUGCCAGGACGUGGAGCGUUUGUCCUUCCUGUCUGCCAUGUCCGCUGACUACCUCAGCAUGGACAGCCGGCUGACCUCUGACCUCGACGACACCGCUGACGAGGGCGGGGCCUACACUGACAAUGAGCCCGAUGUCGAGAUGAUGCACAUCUCUGCCAUCAGUCGCUCAUCUGAGCCUGUCACAGCUGAGGAGAUCUUGCGCAGGUACAGUCCAGACAUCAGGAGUCGCAUGCGGAAAAUCAGCAGCCGUGAUGUCCUAAACAGGUCCAGCCCUCCACCUGCUUUCUUAACAGACAACAAGGUGAAACUGUCUUUGAGGGACGAUCCAGUCCUCCUAUCAGGCUCCACCAACCCACACCAUCACCACCGUCACCACCACCCUCCACCCCCUAGCUCCAGCCGAAGUUAUGACUCUCCGUCCAGCAGCAGCCCAGCCAGCAGCAACAACGACCCUCCACCACCCAUCUCCCGUUCAGCUGCCUCCUCUGGCCCUCCACCCCUGCCUCUGGCUCACCACUUCAACUCCAGUAACAAACUGUGGCCCCUGGGAGCACCCCAACCCCCCACCACACCCAAGCCCAGCAGUUGCGGUAGCACUGCAGAAGCUGCAGUUCACUCACCCGCUGCUCUGCCCAGUGCAAUUGUGGCAGCCUGUAGGCAGCAGGGGGAGACAGCACAGGACAGCUCUGUGGAGGAUCCGUCCAUGAGGUCCUUCCUGGGGAAGAUCAAAGCUUUUGAGAAGAUGGAUCACUUUGCCCGAGCCCAAAGGAUGCUGGAACUGCAGGAGGCGCAGAAUGCCAGGUUGGAAAUUGCUCAGAAGCACCCAGACAUCUAUGCUGUUCCUCUGAAGACACCCAAGCUGGAUCACAGUCGUCCACAGCCUAUCGGCUCCAGCUCCCGUCCUGAACCCCAGACUGCUCCAUCCUCCAAGGAGGGACGUCCCUUCUACCCCAGCGAGGAGGAGGCCGAGGAGGAGACAGUGCCAGGAUACUACACCGCCAACUCCUACCAGUACCAGGAUACCCAACUGUAGGGUCAGCACACAGCAGCUGUGCCAGCCCUCAGCUUUCUGGACAUACAUGUACACAUGCACUGCAAAUGCAGUCUAGUAACACACAUACCAUUCCAUCAUGCCCUGCCUAAGUAAGCUGCUGACUUUGAACUGACUCUUGCUUCUUUGAUAAUGAGGGGGAAAAAUAACACUUUUUUUUGCUUCAUGGAAGUUAAAGCAAUCUGUUCUAUCCAUUUGGAUAGGAACACACUGUCCUCACUUUACUUUUUAUGUUGUAUUUGAUUGUUUCUUUCUUACGUACCACUUUUAAUGGUCAAAACUGAGUGAUUAGGAACUACUUGUUUUCUUGCCUAUGCAACUCUUCAGUUUGUGCACAGCAACUGAAACCUAUUGCCACGAGUUUUGCCCUCACAAAAACCUCAACAGACCUAAAAACCACAAUGCGCUUUAUCACAUCUAUCCCCUUCUUUUAUUGCCAGCUACGAUCAACAAAGGUUACCUAUAUAUUAUUACAUAUAACACACACACACACACAUAUAUAUAUAUGUAUGUAUAUAUAUAUAUAUAUAUAUACAUAUAUAUAUAUAUAUGUAUUCAAAGUAAAGUGUUUAUACUCUGUCUUUGCAUUCCUCCGUAUAUGACAAUGCCUGUGUAUACAUACAGUAUAUAUCUAUACAUAUAUAUAUAUAUAUAUAUUCUAUCUAGUAACACUGGAAUUUGUUACAAUUUUUUGAAGUGCCUUUUACUUUCUUAGUCCCAUGAGGUUCGGGUUGUCUUUCCUCCGCCCCUCAGCCACCCAGCCGUACUAAAACCUCUGCUGCUGUCAAGCUUAAAGGGAAACCAGGGAACCAGUGACACCAAAAUCUCAAUGCUGUCCCCACACACUGUACUGUCUACUGUCACCUCUAGUGACUAAACACACCCACAAAAAUACAGUGCACACCUUGUAGCCAGUCCUAUCUGCCAUGUGUAACAAAGAGCACUGUCUGAUCUCUAGAAUCCUAUCAAGAACAAUAUCAGUGUAAAACCAGUUUGAAAUUUGAAAUUGAGAAAUUAGAGUUGGUCAAAGUUGUAAUCUGUAAAGGCCCAGUCACCUCAGCAAUAAAACAAAUUGGUGGCUAAAUUUUUUUAAAUUUCAACUGCAAUCAGAAGUCCAAACAAACACGCUCAACCCUCAGAAGUAUGAAUGGGUGCUGAAUCCUCAAAAAAAUGUAAAAAAUUGUGUACAAAAGGUACAGGACAGCACUCCAAUUAUAGUGUUUAUUGCCACACGAACGUUUCGGUCCCUUCCAGGGUCCUUCUAGGGUUUCACCCGAAACGUUCGUGUGGCAAUAAACACUAUAAUUGGAGUGCUGUCCUGUACCUUUUGUACACAAUUUUUUAAUUUCAACUGCGAAAUGGGUGUACAAGCUCGUGGGGUCAAAGUAAAUCUGCACAAAUCUUUUGUGGCAAGUGAAAUUUUGAACUUACAUGAGCAGUGGUUGACAUGGCGUUAGAGACUACUCCUUGCCCUUAUUGAUUGAUUUCUUUCAGGCAUGGUGGAUUCUUACAAAUGCCAUUAGCAGCACUAUGAGGAACCAGAUAAACAUGAUGUCACAGAUUAUCUGUAUCAUGUGCUAUUGUCAGGAUAUAGUGACAGUUUCAGCAAAUAUAUCACAAAGUUAUUUUUAUAAAAGUUAUCUUCCGAACCUUUAAACAAUAGUGAAUUGUCAUGGUGAUCUUUGAAGGAAUGAAGAGCCAGAGAGGCUAAAACAAAAGAGGGUAUCAUUAUUAGCUGUGUUCCACUUUUAUAUUAACUCCUCUGUCAGAGUAUAAACUGCUCGACAAAAGAGGCAAGGAUUUUAUCAACUUAUGAUCAGUGAUGUAGUGGUAGUUGAUGAGGUGGGUGUACUACUAGGUAGAUGGGUAGAUUAUCCAGGGGGAGGUGGGUAUACUCCAUGGAUGUAUAAAAAGAACUGGAUACAGCAUUGAAGGGAGGGCCUUCAUUCUUAUGAUAGUUGCUCAGUGGCGCAUGAAGCCAAAAUGUUUCAACUGCCGCGUACAAAAUUGCCCGGAUGAUCAGCCCAUGGAGCAAGCACACUAGAGACUUAAGCCGGCCAAGCUAGCUACUUCCGGUUACCACUCCUUUAACUUGAUGGGAGAUGGGAUGAUUUAAUUUGCCUUUGGUGUUCCCAGUGGUGGUCAGACAUAAUGGAUUAAAUCCCAAUAGUAAAAUAAGUCAUUUUGCAGGGGUUGCGACGCUCAAAAAAAAUGUAUCCGUUGAUUUACAGAUAUCUCUUUCCCAAUGUUAGUCUAUGGGGACAAGUAGUUUGGGGCUGCAGGGCAUUACAGGAUAGUGUAAUUCCACUGUUUGGCCCAAGCCACCCAGGAACAGCGCCAGGCUUUGAUGCCAAUUUUACAUAGUGACCAAAAGUGAAAUAACAAUGACCAGGUCUGUCACAUGAUGCCAUGGGGCCCAAAAAGAAUUUUUCCUAUAGACUUAUGUCACAAAAGAGACGUCUGUAAAUCACACAUUUUUUUUGAGCAUUGCAACCCCUGUGAAAUAAUCUGUUUCACUAUCAUAAUUUGAUCCAUUCGGUCCGAUAACAUUUCCAAAGUCUAGAAGAGUUGUACAAUUAAAUCAUUUUAUUCCAAUUCAAGUUAGGGGCUGCCUACACCAGAAGACAGCCGCUCAGCUGACGGAAGUUACCCACUUGGCUGCAGUUGGAGCCACUGAGCAGCUUACAUGGGACUGAAUGGGGCCUCGCCUCCAAUGCUGUAUCCAGUUCUCUUUAUACAUCCAUGGUUUGGCCACUGCCAAACUCUGGUUUCAAAGCAUGGUGCACUUCCUGGGGGCCUGGUAUGCUCCUCUAUAUAUUCCAGUAGCUUUUUGGCUGAUAUGUGGGUAUACUGUCAAUGGCCAGAAAAGAGGUGGAUAUACCCCAUAUACCUGCAUGUACCCUCCACUACACUGCUCAUGAGACAAAAGUCGAAGGUACAAAUAUGUCUUAUGAAUAAGUUGUGUAAACCUACUGUCCCAAUAGCAACCAAUUUAACUAGCUAGCUAAACUAAUCUAGUUCUAAGCUAGUUCAGGCGAGCUAGCAUGACUGACUAGUGCCAUCAUUUUUUCUGGCUAGCAUGUCAGUGACUUGCGGGUCGCAGGAUUUUUUGCUGCAGCACUACGGCUGGCCACUCAGGCAAACUGGCAGCAAGGCUCACUCUUCACAUCAUCCAGCUCCGUUGACACAUCCAUGAGUUAGCUUGCCAGCUACUGUAGUUUGUAAACUCAUCCUGCAAACACUCACUGUGUCACCAAGCUUAUAGCACUACCUAUUUUAGAAGGACAUGCAAUGAACUUUGCUAUGCCACCUUCUGGUGUGACUGGGCCUUAAGAUUUCUUUUUUCUUAUUGUUGCCAUCUUUGGUGCUCAGCAUUCAGUGCUGUGCUGUUUUUGCACUGUACCUCCCAGCCAAAAAUGAUUUGCCAGUCUUAACUGUGUGGCCAGUAGCAUGACGUCUUUUGCCUUGGAAUGUUUUGUUGAUUAAGCUCCUGCAGGUGGUGCCCUCCUCUGUCUGUUCAGCCAUGGUGGCUAUCACUGCCUAUGCUAACAGCCCUGUUAAAUGAUAAGGUUGGUGAUAUUCUACAUUUUUCUUAUGGUUAUCAAAUUCCAUGCGCAGACCCAAACCAGCAAUAAAUGUAUCCUACUAGCAUGUAUUGUGAGUGUACCCAGCACUUGAUGUAUCUUUUUCCUCUGUGCCAUAGAGCUCCAUUGUUGUCCAAAAACUAUUAGAGACAAGACCAGAACACCAAAUGUGGAUUAAUCCACUGUCGACAAUAGUUCUCAACAAGUGCACUAUUUCUUCGAGUUUAAGUAACAUUUGAUAAAAACUACAGUGACCACCUAUUUUAGGAAAUUACUGAGCUUUUUCUAAAAUGAAACUAUAUAUGUCUUCAUUAGGAACCAGAAAGUAUUGGAUGGACUAACACGGUGUUGAUUAUGGUCUUUAUGUAGCAAUAAGAAAAAUAAAUAACACCAGCCUUAUCUGUUCAAAGCUGUGUCCCAUUUCAAACAGCUUCCUAUCAAGACUGAAUAAGAGGAGCUGGAUCAGUCCUCCAAAGGUAUGCCUGGAUAAACUUGGGGCCAAUGGGGUGUGUUGCCUAGAUUUUGACACAGAAACACACACCUACACAAACCUACCAGAAAGGGAGUCAAGCAAAAGCAAUCUUUAAGGAGCUGGCUGAAUUAUUUUUGUGUUUUAUCAGUCAUCCACAGAGUGGAGAAAAACAAAUUUACAAAUGUCUGAAGCCACAUUUUCUAACCCACAGAAAUAUGUGUUCUGCCCUGGUCUCAGUGUCUGUGGUGGAGGCAGUCAGUUUUAUUUGAUCUGGACUCCAUUAUCAGUGUGAAUGAGUGGUGUCCCACAUGUUUCAAAUAUGCUUGAUUGUAUAUCUCAGUUAACUCUUUACCUCCACACAUGAGCUACAAAGUGCUUACUGUCCAAAUCCAAGUGCUAAUAAGGGACGUCCCUCACAAUGGACUGGCAUUGAACUCCUGAAGUAUGAUGUACUGUGUCAUGGCAGAGGGUUAUAUUACAGACGAGAUGGAGAGAAUGAGAAGAAUGAUUGGACUGUGUCUGCUGAGUUUUUCCAUGUUUUCACCGUAAGACACCAAAUAAAACAAAAAGUCUUAACCA